GGCGAUUAAAGACUUCCGCCGCGGGCUCAACUUCGCGACAACUUCUUGCGGCAGCCACAGCAGCCACGCCAAAUUCCACUCAUCUGGCCAAUAAACAUUGCUCGAUUUGUACAAAUCCUGGUUACACUUUCCGUGCGAAGCACAUCACUCGCUCGAAAAGUCAAUGAAGCGUUUGCGCAGACAGCGAACGCGAACACAAAAGAAAACGCACGAUGUUGCUGCCCCAGGCUGCGAACUUACACUUUUACACGUCUAACGCGUUCGGCUUAGGUUUCGCCAACUGCUAGCACUUCAGGGAUGGCAAUUAGCUCCCAGGGCUGCGCAGUCGAACAUCAGCGUUUUGGCAUUCUUUUGCCCGCUAAACCGCCAGGGCUGCAAAAGAGGGCGCGUUCAGCAGGGAGUAACGAAAAGUGAUUACCGAUUCGAUGGGUGGAUGUUGUAUCGAUAAACGAAUUUACAACGAAAUCUUUGAAAACAUAAUAAUUGUACAAAUUGUUAAUACGAUCAAAUGUGAUAAUUCGUAGAAAUAGGGAGUCAACAGUUUAGCAUUUUUGAAAUCUGGGAA